UCCAAUUAGAAUGUUCCUUUCUGCAGUUAGUUUAAUUGGAGAGCGAGCGUCAGGCCAAAUCCUUCCUUUCAGCACCAGGCUUUCUGUGAAAAGAAAAAGAGAUGGCCUGAGAGAGAGAGAUGGGAACAUGAAGUUAAAGUUUGCUCUGCCAGAGUAUUGCUGAUGCUGCUUACCUCUGUGGGGAUGAAGGAGUCCGAAUAAGAGAACGGGAAUGAGUUUACAUGAUAUGUAUGAAGAUUUGCCUGUAGUCCCUGGGUUGAAGUGACUCCCACUGCCACCACUUGGAUUCAUCUGGCUUGAUGAGGGGGGAGGCAACCAUUUUCGACAAUGCCGUCUUUUGACGAGGUCUUAAAAGAAGCUGGGGAGUUUGGAAGGUUUCAAAAGAAGGUUUUUUUCCUUCUUUGCCAAACUGGGAUCACUUUUUCUUUUUUAUUUGUUGGAGUUGUGUUUAUUGGACAACCUCCUGAACAGUAUUGGUGUAGGAUUCCUUGUGCAGCUGAACGGAGCGAACGUUGCGCAUGGACAUUUGAAGAGGAGUACAAUGUCACAGUUCUUGCUUCGAGUUUGAUGAAUUAUUCUUCUCAGUGCAAGAGGUAUGACGUGGAAUGGAAUAGUACCUGCUCCAGCUGUUCUGAUGACCCACUGUCUCGUCUUCCCAAUGGCAGCUUGGGCAAGGUGCCACUUACUACAUGCCAGGAUGGCUGGCGUUACGAAAAACCCCAUUCGAGCAUUGCCACUGAGUUUGACCUUGUGUGUGACAACAAAUGGAUGAUAGACAUGACACAAGCUGUUCUCAACCUAGGGUUUUUAAUCGGAGGGUUCACUCUAGGCUACGCUGCCGACAGAUAUGGCAGAAUUCUCAUUUAUCUCUUCUCUGCCUUUGGGGCAGGAUUGUGUGGCCUCAUUGUGGCUUUUGCAGAAAACAUUGUAGUAUUUUCAAUAUUUCGCUUUCUGCAAGGUGUAUUUGGAAAAGGAACCUGGAUGACAGCCUUUGUUAUUGUGACAGAGAUAGUUGGCUCAGAAGAGCGGAGGAUUGUUGGGAUUAUAAUCCAGGUCUUCUUCACCUUUGGAGUUAUCAUCCUUCCUGGAAUUGCUUAUUUAAUUCCAACAUGGAGGUGGAUUCAGCUAAUUACAACGCUCCCCAACUUCCUUUUCCUGCUGUAUUAUUGGCUGAUACCUGAAUCUCCACGGUGGCUACUAACUCGCAAAGAAGGAGAAAAAGCCUUUAAGGUUAUGCAAUCCAUUGCCAAAGACAAUGGGAAAUCCUUUCCACCACAUUUUUCUGAGAUUACAGUCUCUGACAAUGAAGUUAGUAAUCCGUCUCUUUUCGAUCUGGUUAGAACACCACAGAUGAGAAAAAUCACUCUAAUCCUAAUGUAUGCCUGGUUCACAAGCGCAGUGGUUUAUCAAGGCCUUGUCUUGCGCCUGGGGAUCAUAAAAGGAAAUCUCUAUUUGGAAUUUUUCAUCUCGGCACUGAUGGAGUUGCCAGCAGCUUUUUUAAUCCUAUUGACAAUUGACCGCAUUGGGCGGCGCCCCCUCUUUGUCUCAAGUGCAAUUGUGGCCGGGAUUGCGUGCUUAAUUACUGCAUUCUUACCCAAAGAUAUGCCAUCGUUAACUACAUCAGUAGCCAUCUUAGCAAGACUUGGAAUCACCAUAACCUUUGAACUCGUGUAUCUUGUAAAUUCUGAACUGUAUCCCACAGUAUUCAGAAAUUUUGGUGUCUCUCUCUGUUCAGGUCUGUGUGAUAUAGGGGGCAUUGUGGCCCCCUUUUUACUCUACCGUCUAUCAGACAUCUGGUCGGAGCUUCCUCUAAUAAUCUACUGUAUAUUGGCUGUUUUGUCUGGGAUUCUAGUCAUACUUUUACCUGAGACAAAGGGACUCUCCCUACCAGAGACAAUAGAGGAUGUGGAACAACUAUCAAGUAGCAGCAGAAGAUGUGGGAACACACACCAAAAUUCCAGCUCAUACGUUUGAUGUUUUGUGAUGUACUGCCAGAUCAUCCUCAGCCACUGGAUGGAGAAGAUGGAUCCAGCUGUUUCAUAACAAAUAUUCAUUAAGCACUUCUUCAAAAACAUAAGGGCAUCUACAGUAAACAAGGCAUUAUUUUUCUACAAUUUUGGAAGUAUUUUCUGUAACUCCUGUUUCCUGACUGGGAAAGCUUAUGUGCAGGUCUUUUAAAGGAGUACCCACAUCCUCUGAAAAAACUGUUUUAUCUAAGAUCAUACUUCAUUGUAUGUAUCUCUCAUAUAUGGCUAUCACCUGUCUUCUCAAAGUGUGUGUUGUUGAAUUGUAGAAGUGGUCCACAACUUUGUGAGAAAACCAGAAAAUUCUAAAAACCAUUCAGAUGAUCUAGUGGAACUGAAUCAGAAUGAGGGGAAAAAUAUUUGUUAUUCAAAGUUAAUGAAAAAAACCCCCAUCCAAUCAAAAAUCUACAAGGUUUUCAUGGCUGGGUGGAGAACCCAAAAUUGUAUUCUCUGCACCCUGCUUUUCCUAAAAGAUAAUGGCAUUAAAAUCAGAAACUGGCUGCCUAUGUGGAUUCAACUGAAUGCUGGUAUUUAGCUCAGCACAAAUGUUGUAGAUAUAAUUAAUAUAUUUUACUUUACAUCAACUUGCAAUGCAUAUCUCCACUUUCAUUAUUCCAUAUAUCAGGCAUUUGGUUGGUGCCGUGCUAGGGACCAGGUGGAAUAUACAUCUGUGCAAGUGUAAACAGUUUCUUCUACUCACUAGUGCAUUUCAUCAUCUUCUACUGCUCAUUGUUGUAGCUAAUGGAGGAGGCUCAUUGUUCUUGAACACUCCUCUCAAACUGCACUGAGAUACAGCUUCUUUCAUUUCUGCAAGAGGCACUCUGUUGGCUGGAAGUGCCAUUACUCAACAUCAACGGUUUGGCCUGUUGCUCCUUACCCCUGAAAAAGGAAGUGUCAAACUAUGGCUCCAUCUACACUGCCAAUUUGAAAUUGCAUUAUAUGGACAGUGUAGAUGAGGCCUUAGAUGUAGCUUGGCUUUCAAUUCAGAGCAUAGUUAGAGUGUAUGUACACUGUAUUAUUAAUCCAGUUAGGCACCAUUUGAACUGCCAUGGCUCAAUGCUAUUGUUGUGUGAUUUCAGCUCUGCUAAAAUUGUGGGUUUGGGACCCAGAGUGCCUAGCUCCCAAAGGAUCAAAUGAGACACAGAUGAGUUGAAGGAAAAAUCAGACGCCAAAGGGGAUGUCAGUGGGGUCUGCGCUCCAAAGAACUGGCAUACAUCAAUGCAAACAUACAGAAAUAUUUAUAUCAAUUUGAUAGUUCUUCAAAACAAAGGCAUAUUGCAAUGCUAGCUCCUGAUUGGUCUGGGGAUGCGUCCAUUGUCAUUGCUGGUUGGCUCCAGUUGUGGUGGGAAAUUUAAUAAACUGUCAUUGGAUUAUUUUGAA